CACCAACACUCACCGCGCCGCCGUCGACGACGAGUCUGUCGGACGGCAUAGUUUGAGGCAGUGCGCCUGGCUUGCAAAUUGCUGCAUUGCCAUCAAAAUGGCCAAGGCAUACUCUGCAACGGCGCCAGGCGAAACGACUGCAGCUCCCCCUCCAACGACGCGUCGCACAACGCGUAGUCAGAGCGCAGAACCCCAACAAAUCGAAAAGACCAAUGCAGGAACUGCGAAGAAUGGUGAAGAUGCGUCCAACACAUCGGCGAAGAGAGGCGCUCGUCAGACGAAAACAAAGGAUGUUGUUGAAGAACUGCCCACUGUCGACGAGAACAGCCUCUUUGUCGGAGAAGAUGCCGAUGCCGAUGCGGAGGCCGAAGAGGACGUUGAUGCACGCCUCGACGAGCAGUUAAAUGGAAGUCCUCGUCGCAACUCGAUUGGCUCUGCCUUCUCCGGCACAACUGCAAAGACGUCUUUCUCUCAGGAUGAGAUUAACAAACUUGAUCAUGAAGUCAUCUGCGAUGUCUUGCCAGACAUUCUCUCUGCUGCCGAAAGAUUGACGCAAUUGCUGGUGCCGAACGGUGCCAACACGCCUCCUGAGACAUGGAAGGAGAUCAAGCGCAGUGGUUCAAAGCAUAACAAGCUCUUCACAACACGAUGGGAAUCGUUACGCAUCCACAAGCCGAGUUUGACCAGCGUCGAAUACAUCGAGCCACGCUAUGUGCUACGUGCUCUGUUGAACGUCGCAUCUAUGGCUGAGGUCCAGCCUGCUGCGUGGCGACCUGACAAUGUGCUUUACAAGAUCAAUAUGGCCCUCAUGCUCCGCACCGUGCUCGUUCAGUGUGAUCCCGCAGACUGGACAGAGGAAGCCACAGGGGCUCUUGAAAGUCUGGAUAUGGCAUUCCCAGCAUGCAUUGCAGGCGGCGAAUUCAAGUUCGCUGCGCUUGAUCUCUGGCUGGAACUUGCUGCACAUGUGACUAUCCACAGGCUGGAAGCUGCCAUCGAAUCUGAGCCGAACUUCUCUGCCCACGAAGAGAUUGACAAUGUCUUCUACGACGCAGACAGCGAAUUUAAACAUGCAAAGACUCUGGGCCUUGCUUCUGCGAAUCAGGAAGACUUCGCGCGGGCAAUGGAAAUGGUUAACCAGCGCAUCAGUGUUCUCAAGGAGCCAUUUGGCCAGGACGACGGAAAGGAUGCAACUGCGGCCAACGGAUAUCUCAAAGCGCAAUUCCGCUGGGACGAUUUCCGAUCACAUGCCUUGCGUUACUUUGACGCGCGCAUUGCAGAAGUGAACAAUCGCAUCGAAGCUGCCGGCGGCGUACAGACCAUCGUCUCUGGUCUCGAACAGGAAGUCGAGCGUCGCGCCAGUGAGAAGAUCGCUGAGCAGAUGAAAGGCACAUACAAGAAACCUGGUACUCCGAGGCAAAGCCUGGGCGGCAAGAGCGCUAUCGCUUUGCUGAAGGGCCAUGAAAAGCGCCUCUCUGACCAAGUGCCGGCAGCUGGAGCUCCGGCGCCUGUUGCAAGCAUGUAUCCCACAAAUGACACGCUUCAGGAUAGCGAUGUGAUUACGCACGACUUUGCCACAGGUCAGCGAUCUGAAGUGGACCAAGACAGCUUGGAAGGUCCGACCGAAGUACAGUCCACAGCACAGCAAGCACUGGCGAGCUUUGCAGCCACGCAGAAGCAAAAUGCGAGGAAAGCUAAAGCACGACUGCUUGAUCGACAAGAGAAUGCUGUGCGAGUCAGUAGCGAAAUGUACAUGGACUCUCAGACUCAAGCUUCGGCUGCGACCGGAAAGCGAAGUCGUGCGCAGAUGGAGGAAGAAGUGCCUGAAGACUUCGACCCCACCCAGGACGAUGGUUUCGAAAAUGAUACCCGCAACCAUAACGAUGCUGCGCAACGCCGCGCAGAAGUUGCCUUCCAAGAAAGAGCACCGCAACGGUUCCCUACCAUUGAGCGUCGAAGUGAUGCCGACGUCGGCCCCUCAACCCACGAAUGGAUCUCAGGCACCGCUCCCAGCCCAUCCAAACGCCAACGCAAGAACCCAGGUUCUGCAAUCCCACCGCCUCGCCCAGCACCCGCUCCGGAGGACGGCGAACUCCCAAUGAGUGAGUUCUACAAGCAAGCCAAGCUCGACGCCAAAUACAACCGCGUUCUCGCUCCAGCCGCCCCAGUCCGAACCGAACGAACCCCCUGGUCCGACGAAGAAGAAGCCGCGCUCAUCGAUCUAAUUGUCGACCACGUCGCCGACGACGAGAAAAUCGGCUACUCCAACCUCAAAGCCAUCGAUCAAUCCCUCGAAGAAUCCGGAGAAGCCAAACUUUCCCGUCGCUCAGCGGAAGAUAUUCGAUUCAAAGCCCGGAAUAUGAAAUUGACUUUACUGUUGGCUGAGAGGAAAUUACCGAGGAAUUGGGAUAAAGUUAUAUUGGAUAAAAAGGCGAUUGAUCGCUUGGCGCAGAGGGGGAUUCCGUAUGAUCAAGGACGCAGUCGAGCUGCUGCGAGGGUGAAUAAUCCUUUGGGGCAGGCGAGGCCUAGGGCGAGUGUUACGCCUUCGCACACGCCUGUUUAUUCGCAUAGUCCGGGGGUGAGGUAUGAGUCGGGAGGUAUCCUAUGAGGACUGGGCAGACUUCGGCAUGUACGUGGCGAGUGUCCGUGGAAUAAUUGUUCACGCGAUUGUAUGAAUAAUGAAUUGGGUGGUGUUUCUUGAGAGUGAGGGGGAAAAUUCUUGGAUUAUCAAGUGAGUUAUUUCGUAUCGCAAAAGUCCAACAGAUUACGCUGGUUGGUUCCCACAUACUGUACGAAGCA